GGGAGAUCUCGGGGCUCGGAGCCGGCCGCCGCUCCGCUCAGAUCGCUGUGGGGCUCGGUUUUUUGGGGGUGGGGGGGCGGGGGGGCUCAGAUAUGGAGGCAAAUGGGAGCCAAGGCACCUCGGGCAGCGCCAACGACUCCCAGCACGACCCCGGUAAAAUGUUUAUCGGUGGACUGAGCUGGCAGACCUCACCAGAUAGCCUUAGAGACUAUUUUAGCAAAUUUGGAGAAAUUAGAGAAUGUAUGGUCAUGAGAGAUCCCACUACGAAACGCUCCAGAGGCUUCGGUUUCGUCACGUUCGCAGACCCAGCAAGUGUGGAUAAAGUAUUAGGGCAGCCCCACCACGAGUUAGACUCCAAGACGAUUGACCCCAAAGUUGCAUUUCCUCGUCGAGCGCAACCCAAGAUGGUCACAAGAACAAAGAAAAUCUUUGUAGGCGGAUUAUCUGCGAACACGGUGGUGGAAGAUGUGAAGCAGUAUUUCGAGCAGUUCGGCAAGGUGGAGGAUGCAAUGCUGAUGUUUGAUAAGACGACCAACAGGCACAGAGGGUUUGGCUUUGUCACUUUUGAGAGUGAAGACGUUGUGGAGAAAGUCUGUGAGAUUCAUUUCCAUGAAAUCAAUAAUAAAAUGGUAGAAUGUAAGAAAGCUCAGCCGAAGGAGGUCAUGUUCCCACCUGGGACAAGAGGCCGGGCCCGGGGACUGCCUUACACCAUGGAUGCUUUCAUGCUUGGCAUGGGGAUGCUGGGCUACCCCAACUUUGUGGCAACCUAUGGCCGCGGCUACCCCGGAUUUGCUCCCAGCUACGGCUAUCAGUUCCCAGGCUUCCCGGCAGCGGCUUACGGACCAGUGGCGGCGGCGGCGGUGGCGGCAGCACGAGGAUCAGCAGCCCUACCUCAGAAACAGAUCACCAGAGCCAAGCCAGACAGCGCGCCCCAGCCUCCUCGAAGGAGCAGGAGACUUGGUCAGCAGUCAUUAUUAGCCUGCUGCCUUGGAGCCCAGGCCUCUCCCGCCCACCAUGGGUCCUCCCAGCAGGGCCAGGAAACCCACCGCUCCAGGACGGGCUGAAGGGGUCUUUGUCCUCAUAGAUGGAUUCUCCUGCCUCCCCCGAGGACAGCCCUGUCCCGGCUGAGAUUGAGAGCAUAUGCACAUAGAACCAGCGGCCCGGAGCAACCAUAAAUGGGGAAGCAGCCACCCUCCUUGACUGUCUGAUGAAUGGGGGCCUUUUGGUAAGGUCGGAGUUUGUUUGUUAUUAAAGACCUAAUUAGAAACAUGAGCGGGAGCUGAAUGGCGCCGUGCUUGGCUAAUUAGUGACAUGUAUGUGCCCGCUUUGAACUUCAAGGACACAGAGCUAUGAGCGCUUACAUCAAACAUGGAUCAAACGCCUGUGCCUUCAUAAUCAUUAAAGACAGGCUGCUCAAGUGGAAAGCCUUUUGUACGGGUCCUUAAGGGGCUGCCCCUUGGGCAUCCUCCCCACUCCUCCCCCUGGCUGCUGGAGCCCCAAACAGUGAGUUUCCAUGAAAUGUGAUUGGGCAGUAAAUACUGCUGGUAAGGGCAUGCCAGCUCCCCACAGGACGGCCCUCGGCAAACUGGAAGGGUCUUUGGGGGACUGAGACCAGCCUUCUGGUUGUACUUUCUAGGGUGCAUGGGGGGGCUUCCUUUCUCUCUGGCAGUGCCCUCUCCACCUCACCCUGACCCCAGCAGUACUGCAUGCCUGCUUCGUGCCCAGUCUUGUUCUGGGGUGUGGCACAGAGGAGGGUGGUCUAGUCCUCGGGAGAGAGGCUGUCCCCUGCCUCCUGUGGCGGGCAUGGCCCAACCUCAGGGACCCCCCGGUCUGAUGAGGGAGACACCCCCAGGACCAGGGAGCUCCCGAUUUGGAAAGGGCAGCAGGACCCAUGCCCUCGGGAGCUGGCACUCCAACACGGGAGGUUUGAUUCCUUGUCCUUGAUUUUGUGACCUCUGUGCGGCAAAGAAAGACCCAAAUAAACAGAAGAAACCUUGUCAAACUAGGAUGCAAGGAAGGACCACUAGGCAGCGUGAUUCAGUUUAAAAAGCAGCCAGGAGUUGCCCUGAAGUCCAACUGAGAGCUGGGUUCAGUGAGUCUAAGACACUGUGAGACCCUGGACACAUCCCCUUACAGCCCCAACCCUCAGUUUCCUCAUCUGCAACCCCAGGGCAAUAAAGCCCGCCUUACAAGUUGUUAGGAGCGUGAACAAGAUAGUGUUGAACACCUAUCAGUGCACCUGGCACACCGUAGGUGCUCAGUGAAUCUUCGUUCCCUUUGCAGCGUGACACUCCGAGAAACCACAGCUUCUAGCACCUUGUGCCUCUUACCUCCAGACCCAGUUUUGCCUGCACUAGUACGAGGUUUUCCCCCGUCCCACCUUUGCUCACCGGGACAGGGCAUCAUCUCGUUCCUUCCGAGCUUGUCGUCGUGACGGAGGAUACUACAAGGAUGUAUUUCUGGCCUUGGCUUUUGCAGCGUUUUCUGGUAACACUAGUUACAGUGCAGGAAAUGUACGCUGCGGCUGCAACAAGUGGCAUCGCUUACAAGACACAAGCGAGGACCUGACCCCUCUGGCGAGGGGCAGGCAGGGUGGGAGUUGGAGCACACACAGCGGGGCAGCACCGGCGUGCCUGGGUACAUGUGUGGAGAAGUCAGACAGGUUUCUUUUUUGAAAAAAGAGGUGGGUAUGCCUCAGGGACACAGGGGGUCACCGGAUCAAAACAAAGCCAGGCGAGUUCUCAGGAUUAAACUAGGAGACACUUGGAGCAGCAGAACAGUUGCAGAGAGAGAGAGGGAGGGAGUCCUUCCCGAGCACCACACUCCCUGUCUUCAUUUCCUUUUGAUUCUCAGGUCAGGGAGGGCUGCAGUGGGAAGCUUUGGAGUCGCCCGUGGUGGCGCCUCCCGCCCUUGCCGAGGCCAGUCGUGCGGGGGGGUCUCUGGUGCUUCUCCCCGUGUGCUGCUCCUUGCCGAUUCUAACUGUGUGGGCCUGGAGUCUAAAACCAGUUAAUUUCGGGAAGAGGCAGCAGGAUGUGAGUGUUAAAACACUGCCUGCUUCAGCCAAACUAUAAUAUGAGCAUCUGUCUCCGGGGUGAACUUCCCCUCGUCUUCUGAAGCACUUUAGAAGCUCAGGGUGGAGGUUCGGCUGAAGGGCCGGUUCACACCCCAGAAGGAUUGGUUCACGCCCCAGAAGGAUCAGGAUCACCACCUCGCGUUCAAUACUCGUGGCCUGAGCUGGGGCGGCCACUGGGAUCCCUUCCUUGGGGAAUGUGCUGCGCCUGGCAGGCAGUUGACACUGGCAGAGCGAGUGCCACGCAGGCCCCAGGGACGCACGUCGUGGCCUUUCCUUCCCUGGGGCCCCUCUCCCCUUUCUUCCUUAGAUCAUGCAAACGAGGUCAGUCCCAAAAGACCCCUGGGGUCUGGGAGAAACGAGAACCUGAUGGUGGCUCCAGAAAGUUCCUUCUUUGCCCUCAUGACAAAAGCUUGGUUUCUUUGGCCGCCAGGCCCAGGCCCAGAAUUUACUCCAUGAUCAGAUGGCAGCCAGCCACUGACCCCCCCUGCUCCCCUUUCCCUACUUCCCAGCCAACCCAGCCUGGUCCUUUGUAAGGAAGAGACACACCCACAUCCAAAUCGGGGCUGAUGAUAAAAAAGCAUCAAGAUGGAAAGAGAAUGAGCUGUUUUCUGUUGAAAUUGGACAGCAACAUAAAAUACAGAGUAUCGACCACGAAACCCUCACAGAUGGGUCCUCUGGGGGUCUUGGGGCCGUCUCCUCUGAUCUGAGUGGUCCUGUGAGUAUCCUGGUUCCCUAGUAACCCAGGAUGUGAGGGUUUUGGAGCCAGCCAUCAGUGAAGUUAUCUCUUUAGGGGAUGUGAUUUGACCGGAAGCUGAGACCAUUCUACAAAAUAAUGAGUCCCAAGUCUGCCCAUCAGUUCCCUACUUAAGAUAUGCCAGCAGUAACCAGCAGACAUCUGCACCGGCCACAGUGGUCUGAAGCAGGCAAGGUGUUAAGUGAACAAGCAGAAACUGCAGUCUUCUAAGACUGGCACCACUGAAGCCGACAUUUGGAAUGUUUGUGACUCUGACUCCCUGUCAGCCCCGUGAAUGAGCUGACACUCUCCCUGUGUCCUGUGCAGUAUUUAAGAUGAGCCAGGCGUCUCCGGAUGUGUCAAGACUUGUUGAUACCAGGCUGAGUUUGUCCUUCAGGGAGAAAGAAAUACCAGCACAUUGCUCUCUCAGUCCUCCCCCAGUUUUACAGUAUGUCUUCACCUGGCUUUCUGAAAUAGCUUGAAUUUCAGCAGAGCUUAAAAAAAAAAAAAUGUCAUAUAUAAAAUUGAUCGCCCCUGCAUCUGGGUCCCUGAACUGAUUUUGAUUUUAAUUUCGUGUGUCACACAGUUUUCCCAGGUUAGAUGUAAUUGCUGGCCCCCUCCGUCUCCCUCUCCCACCUCCAGGCUAAGCUCUAGGAGGAAAGCUUGAGCUGGGAUCCCUGGGACACGGUGGCCGGGCAGACUGCUGGAGUGAGAUUCCCGCUUGCUCUGCUGGAGGUGCGCUGUAAUAGCUCACAGCUGAGUGUUCCUCAUCCGUUAUCAGAAGCAGGUUUAUCUUUUCAGGCUGACCUUUCCCAUCUGACCCACCUGCACUCGUUUACAGUGGGCAGCCUUCCAGAGGGCACAGGGAGACUGCAGAUUGGGUCGUCAACUCUGUUUCCAGGAAGGCGAUGGCUGCGCAGCUGCCGUUCCUCGGGGCCCCCGAGCAAGGAGGGACUGGCUGUGCAGGGGCAGGUCUCCGCUUUUGACUGCCACCUGCCAUUAUGGAUCCAGCAUCCACUGAGCCCCCCGUGUUGUAGGGGAAUCAAGGAGGCUGCUCUUGCUCUGGAGAACAUAGGGUCCCGUGAGAACCCAGGGAGCCCCCGCCUUCCGCACACCCCCCGCCUUGAGGGGUGCCUUGCUGACACGAGACACAGUCUGUGCUGCUGUGGAGUUUUAACCCAGCCGCAGAGAAGCAUGCUGUAGGGGAGGCGAGUGUUGGGAGGGCAGCGACUCUGGCCUCUGGUCUCUGGCAUCAACAGAGCCCCUCUCCUCAUUCCUUUUUCAGUCGCUUUCUUUAAAUUCUCUAAAACAAACAAAAACCCCUAAAGUCUGGUGUGAUGAGUUAUAUCAUCAUCAAAGAAUAUCACCUGGGCUUCCGCUCCAGGCCCUCCAUUCUGCGGGAGCUGGGGGUUGGGAGCGGGGCCAUGACACCCGUCAGCCCAGGCUCCCCUCCCUUGGCCCUGACGGAGGCAUAAUGAGUUCUGUGGAGCAGCAGGUUCCCUUCUGAGUUGGGCUUGCUGAGGGCGACCCACCCCUGCAUUUGCCUUACCCUGAGCAGCAUACACUCUGUCCCAGAAAUGUCCCGGGGGCCCUGCCUUUUGGCCCACGUGAGACCCACCGAACCAGGACCCAGGUCUCAGGCUGGGACUUGGCAGGGUCCUGGCUUGCCCCAGAUAGGUGGACUGAGCUCAUCUGGAAAGGACUCUGUAAACAGUUCCUUUCUCUGGAUCAGUAAUAAUCUCCUUUUCAGGCCUUAGAGUCAGAGGUGCCCUCCCAGGGGUGCCCCCCCUUAGAGUCCUGGGCUCUAGCUUUCUGCCCCAGGUCCAGGGGCAUCACUUUGGGAUCAUACAGAAGUAUUGGGACUUCCAUACCUUUCCUAGACCCACAGCGAGGCUGUCCUGAUUCUCACUGCCCUCUCCCACAACUUCCCCACCCUCGGUGAUGAAUUCCACUCCCAGCUCAGCCCCUUCUGACCACAGUUGAGCAGAACCACAUGCAGACUGUGUGCCCACCAGAAGGCAGGCAUGUCCUGGGCUUGCUAUAAAACCCCAAGGUGCCCACGAGCUUUGGGUCCAGCCCCUGCAGGUGAGGGUUGGAGCCUGCAGGACAGACCUUGGACGAGGUGGGAUGACUCUCCUGGGUCAGCUAUCGAGGUGUUGUAUUCCCUUGAUGGGCAGGAAGCUCCUCCCUUUAUCCAAUGCAAAAUGCCUCCAACUUUAAUUCAAAAGCAUUUCCUCUUGCCGGCCUCAGUGAGAGGUAGUGUCCUUGCUUUCCUGCCCCUCAUUCCCCAGAGUCCUUUCAUCAGGUUCAAGGUGAUUAAGGGUACCAGGUGGAUGAAAUAGAUCCUUUUGUGGGUCACUUCCUAAUUUGUAUGGCCAGUGAACUGUGCUCUCCUGUAUCAGAUUUUUCCUAAAUCUGCAUAUGGUACCUGCCUUGUUGGGCUCUGCAUACACAGCUAUCUCAAAUAUAGGUGUAUUUGUUUUAAACGUGGCGCGUUAUAGAGCACUCCCUCUUUUGCAGUCCCACCACAGCCCACAGAGAGUCAGGCUGAAGAGGGCAGGCAGCACUCAUGUUGCAGAUGAGAACUCCGGCGGGCGUGGGAGCCAGCACUCAGGCAUGUGGCCGGAGGUCAGGGCCGGGGUCACCCUCAGGUCUUCUGACUCCAAGUCCAACGCUCCCUUUCCCUGCACCAUAUCUGCCUCCCCGAGCAUACCUGCUGCCUGGACCCAGAAAGCCCAGAGGAUGCUGGGGCAAGGAUGAAGAGGAGCCUGCCCAGGAUUAAACCACUGCUGUGGAUACUGACCAGAACGGCUGAUGGAAAAGUGACCCUGCUCCCCCACAGCGAGCCCCCAAGCUGCACGUUCGUGCAGGGCUUGCCCAAAGCCACUUAGCGCUCACAGCUUCUGCUGCAAAAAUUCCAGGGUGUUUGCAAGACACUGUCCUCUUCUGGGACAGGUG